AAGCCGCGGUGCCUGCUGGGAAAUCACAAACGAGACAAACCGCCAUCUUUCUUUAGCUGGUAGGACACAAAAUAACAACCAGUUUUCAAUGAUUUAUUCUCCAAAACAGAAUCGUUGAAGCAAUUGCACUUGGUCGGUUAUUGUAAACAACACGUUGAAAGAGGAGCAGGUGGAGCGGGGAUCCAGAUAUCGUCCACAUAGCAGAAAUAAGACCAGUAGUUUGGUGGUGCAGGCGCUCUACUAGUGGAGGUGGUCAACAUGGGCCGAUCCCGGAGCCGCAGCUCGUCCCGGUCCAAACACUCCAAAAGCAGCAAGCACAGCAAGAAGCGGAGCCGGUCUCGGUCGCGGUCCAAAGACAGGGAGAGAUCCAAGAAGCGCUCCAAGUCCCGAGAGUCGAAGAGGAACCGUCGCAGAGAAUCCCGCUCUCGUUCUCGGUCCACCACAGCGUCGACCCGCAGAGAGAGAGCAGCAGCCUCACCGCCGGAGCGCAUCGACAUCUUCGGUCGGACGCUGAGCAAGAGGAACGCUCUGGACGAGAAGCAGAGGAAGGAGGAGGAGGAGAGGAGGGCCGAAAUGGAGAGACAGAGGAAGAUCCGGCAGCAGGAGAUCGAGGAGAAGCUGAUCGAGGAGGAGACGGCACGGCGAGUGGAGGAGCUGGUGGCCAAGCGGGUGGAGGAGGAGCUUGAGAAGCGGAAGGACGAGAUCGAGCGGGAGGUGCUGCGGCGCGUCGAGGAGGCGAAGCGCAUCAUGGAGCGGCAGCUGCUGGAGGAGCUGGAGAGGCAACGGCAGGCAGAGUUGUCGGCGCAGAAGGCCAGAGAGGAGGAAGAAAAAUCUAAGCGGGAGGAGCUGGAAAAAAUCCUGGAGGAGAAUAACCGCAAGAUCGCCGACGCUCAGGCUAAGCUGGCCGAGGAGCAGUUGCGUAUUGUAGAGGAGCAGAGAAAGAUUCACGAGGAGCGCAUGAAGCUGGAGCAGGACCGUCAAAAGCAGCAGAAGGAGGAGCAGAAAAUCAUCCUCGGCAAGGGCAAGUCCAGGCCCAAGCUCUCCUUCUCCCUCAAGGCCACCGAAUGAGAGACUGCUCCCCCUUUUCGUCCACAUGUCGCGCCCUGCCUUCAUCCACACCCAGCUCUCCCUCCUCAUCAAUCGACCCCACUCCUCUUCCUCCUCCUCCUCCUCCUCUUCUGAGGAACGCUCGCUUCGUUUUGGAAGUGCUGAAGGAAGGCCGAGGAAAAAGGGGUGCAACCCGGUGUGUUAACUCGCUCGUCCCCCACGUUGUCCCUGCCGGCCUUGAAGAGGAGGCAGCUCUUCGCCCCUUGAAGGACCUGACUGCUCCCCUCCACCCCAUCCUAAUCCCCCCCCCCCCCACCGCACAGAUGAAUCUUCUUUGUGCUUUUUUUUUUUUUUUUCACCCCCUCGGUUUUAUUUUCAUUUUUAGGGGAACUUGAACUUUUGAUGUAGAAUGCUUUAACAUGUCCCUCGCCCCCGUAAGUCUUAACUCUGGUGUAACAGCAGCGAGCCACUGUGCGCCUGCGCUCUUCUUAACAUGUCUUCACAGCCAGCAGUCAAUAAUAGAACGCCAGUCCCUGAUAUAGGAGAGUUAUGUGUGACUUUGUCUAGUUCAGUCUACUGUAAAAAAAACACUCAUGUGCAGCUCGGGAGUCAGCCUGCGGUUUUCCUGUUUUCAUUAAAACAAAAAAGAAAUAACAAGGUUCCCAAAGUGGCUGGACGCAGUGGUAACAAAUCACAGCACAGCCUAUAAAAGCACAGUUAACUUCCCGUCCAGCUGACAGCUUUGUGUCUUCCACCUUACCUUUACUUCCUUUUGCCCAUAAGCUCCGUUCACCAUAUAAAUCUACAGCUUUCUUUUCUUUUCUGCUUCAGCUCUGUCUGCCAUGUAUAUAAUUUUUUUUUUCUAAAUGACAGCAGCAUGUCGAGCUGAGAGGAAAUGUAAAAGCUUGUGUUGGAUUUGAAGUCGCUGCGGCGCAGGUGAACUCAGCCUCGACUCCCAAGCUGCCCAUGACUGAACCACAACCCUUAACAACAGGAUAUGUGUCUCGUCUAUGAUAGGGGGGGGGGGGGGGUGCUGUGGGUAACGGAGGAGAGAGAGAGAGAGAGAGGACGUUUCCUGAUGAUGUAAUUUUAUUAACCUUGCUGUGAUGUGCAGACUCCCACUCCUCCUCUCCCCAAAUUGAGAUUGUGGUAUGAAAUUGAGCCACGAUUUAGAAAUACAAAAAAAAAAGGUCACAGUUAACGGUAAAAUACUUGAGUUUUUAUUUUAUCCGACUCUCUUUUGGGAAAAACAGCCGAGCAUAGCGGUCCACGGUGUUCUGUCCCAGCUUUGUUGUAGUAAAUUAACAUGGCAAGGCAGCCUCACUUGGUAAGUCUUGAUUCGUUUAGGAUGGACAAGUUCAGGUAAGAUAAGGUUUGAGGUCAGCAGCAGUGUGUGUGAGUGAGUCAGUGAGUGAAUGAGAGAGAGAGUGAGAGUGAGUGUGUGUGUGUGUGAGUGUGUGUGGUUGUGAGUGACAGGCAGGCUGACCUCAGGUGGGUAUAAUGACUUUUUGUUAUGUUGUGGGAUCUUGAAUAUGUCAUGUAAUUUCCCCCCCCUCCCAAUUGUCAAGGGACUGAACAGUUCAAUAAAUCCAUUGAAUGCCUCCA